AUCUCAUAUUCGUUGUCUCACAUCAACUCGCCUACAAAAUAUGAAACGAGACGCUUAUAAUCGAAGGAAUGUUGGUUUUCGACAUUGGACUUCUUAGUGUUGAUAUUCGGGAUGUUCUAUGCGUAUUCUCGUCCUCUGACGUCACCAUUUGUAAUUGAAUAUUAGAUUAAAUAUUCAAACAGUUGUUUAAUAAACGCGGUGUACGCACCAAUCCAAAGACAAAAUGGACGGAAGCAUGUGAGCCUGCUGUUCCCAAUUCCAGGUUUAGGGAGGAGACUGGAUCUCUUGAAUAUAUCGACUUCUGCCGAGAGCGGAGGGAAGUGAGAUGGCAGAGCUGUCGCUGUUUGUCACAAAUGUAAACAUAUCUUUGGGGCAAACUAUGGACACUGAAAAGAGCUCAAGUAUGGUGAAGGAAUUUGAGUGUGUGGAGCUAGGAGACAUGGGGAUGAAGAAGCAAAAGGUACCUAAAAGAACAAUUUACUUUGCCAGUGGCGAGACCAUGGAGGAAUACAGUACAGACGAAGAAGAUGAUGAAGAAGUGCAGGCUUCUAUAGCUGUCAAGACCUCCACUGACCCGUCCAAGUUGACCUGGGGUCCAUACUUUUGGUUUCACAUGUGGAGAAUGGCAACCUCAACUAUUUCAGUUUGUGACUAUCUUGGGGAGAGAAUGGCGUCGUUAUUUGGCAUAACUUCACCAAAGUACCAGUAUGCUAUUGAUGAGUACUACAGAAUGAAAAAGGAGGAAGAAGAGGAGGAGGAAGAGAACCGGCUGUCAGAGGAGGCAGAACGUCGUUUUGAAGAGCACAGUCAGAAGGUCAAGCAGCCAGCCACGGAUCAGCCAGAGUGCAAAGCCUCCUUGGAGUUGGAUCCAGAUGCAACACCUGAUGCCAACAGAUUACCUGCCCUCGUUCCAACCUAACAGUUCAAUUAAAUAUACAUUUCUAUUGUUCUCAUUUUAACAGGUCGCUUCCUCAGCCUUUUGUUGCUGUACGAUAGUUUUCUUAUUUGGAUAUUGUAUUGAUUUAUUGAUGUAGCCUGCAUUGUCUAUAUGCUUGGACUUUUGUGUGCAAUGAACAUUGCUGCUUUGUGUCAGUGAAGGAGCACACUGACAAGAUGUCUAAUGCCGAUUUAACUCUUUAUGGGUUGAAGAGAUUUUGUACGGUUUCUUUAAUGUACAUAUUAACAGUUUGCUGUUAGCUGGAAAAACCAUGAGGUUUAAUGUUAUAAGAAUAACUAUUUGUUAGGGAAUUUACAUAUUAUGUUUGUCAACCAUGCAGCCAAUCCUUUCAUUUUGUUACAAAAGUGGUUAUCUAGCCUUUUCAGAAGGUUCAACAUGAGGGGCCCAUGAAUGGCACAGAGACUGCCUCGCAGUCAGAUAAGGAAUCGCAAGACCAGGGUUUGAAUCCCGCAUGCCGGCUGAGCAAGGGGCGUGAUAAGAACCUGAUUGGCAUCAUAUGUGCUUUGGAAGACUCGAAUUGUUAGGAUUAGUACUUUUUAAAUUGUGCAAAGGUAACAAAGAGUUUGAAAUACCUAUACAAUGAUAUAAUGAAAAGAUUAAAUCUUCCCAUCUUCCACUGCUUUACCCAACAAAAGUCAAUAAAGGCAAACGUGUUAUCAUUUAUUAAGGGAAAACCAGUUUCAUUUGAAGGCUUUUUAAAAUAUGAGUGGCAUACAUUUACAUUUCUACAUUAUGUACUGUACAUUAAUAAACAUUUAACUGGAACUACGAC